AUGCCUUCCGAAAUUUCAAGGAUCUUGCUCUCAUUGAUCCUAGUGCUCGUUGCACUUCUGUCGAGUACGAAUUCGGCUCCAGCUUUUUGUAGGGCGUGUAAUAAGAACUGUUUUAUGCCAGUCAACGGAACAGAAGAAGUCAACAGCACAGCAAUUGACGUUGAUCUACUUCACGAAAUCGAAAUUGAAGACAAUGCAGUCAGAUCAGAAACAAAAAGGACGAAAAGAGAAGUGGAGUUCCGUGCUUGCUCUCGAUUCCAGAUUGAGAUGCUUUUGAUUCCAUUGGCCAUUGCUAUGAUCCCAUUGGUCCUCUGUGCUCUCUUCGUUUGUACUUGCUGGUGUGGACCAAAAGAAUCCCGGGGAAAACUGCCAGCUGAAUUCCUAGCAGCUCUUCCGAUGUCCAAGAAAAGGAUUGCAUCAGAAGAGAUUGAGCUGGAAUGGGGAGAUGGAUAUGUGGCAAGAAAGGAUUCUACGAAAACCAAAUUCUCGACGACAGUUUCCUAUAUUGAGGCUAGAAGGGAGAGUAUCUGGUCUAUGGCUAGUGUUGCUAGUGAUACGGCUGCGGAAAACUUGAAACAUGAAUCAGCAAAAUGCGAAGCUCAAUUAGCGGCGUCUUUAUCUUCGGCUCCAAAGCUCACGAAAGCGAUAUCCUGUGACUCCAUCAAACGAACACGAUUCUCCGAUACAGUAUCCGUGAUUUCACUGGAUAGCCGACGAUGA